UUUAUAACGUAUGGAUGUACAACAAACAAGCUAACAGACAAACAAACCAGCCUCUCAUGGAACGUAAACAUAACAGAUUCGAAAAAUACACCAAUAGCGUGCGCCGGCGCGGCGUCACUAACGUUGUUUACCUUCGGGUUUGACCGUUUUCAUGAUAAUCUGAUCAGUUGAAAAUUUAAUAUUCCCUCGUUUUCGUUUUUGCCGCGUUUUGAGAGUUUUAAUUUUUAACUCGAUCAAGUGAGUUCGAGGCCGGUCGCGCAGUACUAACAGCUUUAACGAAAACGUGUUAUUCUUUGAACAUUGAACUACAUAGAUAAUCACAAUGACGUUGACUAGAAGAUCAAGAAAAGAAGGGGUUGCUUCACCCAGCGAUACUGGCACAUCCUCAAUGUCUAAAAGGUCAGCUACACCAUCAAAAACUAAAAAACCAGCGACUCCUCGUCGUAGUAAAAGUAGAUCCAUAGAGAGGAGGAUUAGAACUCGAUCCAGAUCAGCUAAUAAGAAUAUAAGACUUCCGCAUGUUGUCGUAGAACGUUUGGAAACUAAAAAAGAAACUCCAAUUGUUAAAAAGAAAGAUGUUAAAAGUAAAAAGUCUGUUGAACCUGUUGCUUCAACAUCAAGAAAGAGCCCUACGCCCGUAAAAGAAGUUGUUAACUCUACAAAUAAUUCUGUUACAGAUAUCAUGAGUGACAGAAUGUCUACCACAUCAUCAAAAUUAGAUUACAAUGAAGAAUCUGAUGAUGAAUCUCAGUUAAUUAAUAAUACAAAAUACAAGCCUUAUCCAGAAGAAUUUGGAGGAUUAUUUGGCAAUAUAAUAUUAACCAUAUCAUUGCCGUUAUUGGUUAUCCUUGCAAAAAUUGCUAUAAAAACUAAAGGUAAUUUGAUACCUUUUCCUCGAGGUUAUCUGAGAUUAGCUAACUAUUAUGAUCAAGAUGUUUUUAUAUGGACAGCUGCUAUUGUAUUACUUCAAUUGUUAAUAUCACUUGUACCUUUGGCUAAAAAAUCUAAAGCAUUAGUGGAUGAUAAUUUAACAUUCAACUAUUAUAGGUUUUCAGGAUUCAUCAAUUUUAUUAUUGCUGCUUUGAUUGUUUUGGCUAUGGAUUAUUUCAAGUGUCCAAUAAAUUUUAUUCUAGAAAUAGUGACUAAAAAGACUGUACCUCAUAUUGUAGCAUCAGUAUUAUUUACAUUUAUCAUUUCUAUAAUUUUGUAUAUUAAAAGAAAGUCCACAAAUCAAAUUAAUAAAUUUGAUUCUUUUAAUAUUAUACAAAAAUUAUUUAUUGGAACAACAACUAAUCCUACACUGGGGUCUAUUAAUGUUAAAUUGGCUUUUUACAGAUAUUCUAUAUUAAUGACCAUUUUAUUCAAUUCUCUUGUGAUAAACGAAUCUUUGAAAAAUGCAGUUAACAUUAAUCUUUAUUUUGUUGCUGGAUUGCAAAUAAUUUAUGCUUUAGAUAAGUUGGUUUUUGAAUAUAAUUUAUUGACAUCAUUUUAUUUACAAAAAGAAAGAGAUGGAUAUUGGAAUAUUAUGCAACAAUUUUUACAACCAAUUAUCAAUUUUUUACCUAUUCAAAUUUUACUUUCAAACAAUUUACCUGUCAAUUACAUCAUUAUAAGUAUUUCAUCAAUUAUCUUUUUAUUCGGUUUUAUUUGUCAACGUUAUAGUGAUUUUACUAAGUAUCAGCAUGAAGUAAACUCAAUAUCUGUUUAUAGGCCUUCAACUGCAAGAAUUAUUGUUGAUGGUUUUUGGUCAUACGUGAGAUAUCCCAAUUACUUAGGAACCAUGAUUGUACAUUUAGCUUUAAUAUUACCAGUAAUUGAACCUAAUCUUAGCAGUUUACAAGCAUCUUGGCCAGUACUUUUAUAUCCAUUGUAUUAUAUAGUUACUUUGUCCCAUAAAUGUGUGCGUAUUUCUACUUUAUCCUGUUUACAAUAUGGUAAUACAUGGGAUCGUCAAUAUACAGUGAAGUGGAAUUUGAUACCAAAAAUAUUUUAAAUUUAUUAAUUUUCCAUUAAUAAAUCAUUUAUGCCUUAAAAUUAAUGUUAAACUUUAAGUUUAUUUUAUUUUGUUUUUAUUAGUUUACUUGAUUUAUUGAUUAUGUCUCUGUAAUUGAAGGAAUCUUCAAAUUUUAAUUCUAAUUCCAUUUAUUAAUGUUAAGACUUAAUUAUUAAACUAAUAUAUAUUAUUUAUAUUACUAUGAUUAUUUUUUUAUAUAAGUAUUAGGUACUUUAAAAAGAAGUAAAUUGACUAAUGCCAUAUUGUAUAAAAACUACUUAAUUCAGUAUAUAUUGUAUACAAUAAUAUAUCAAUUACAUUUUUAAUUAUUUUAA